AUGCCACGACCAAAAUCAAAGACUAAGAGCGAGGAUCUUGCGCGAAUUCGCCAAAAUCAACGUCGCUCACGGGCACGUCGACAAGAGUACAUCCGGAGCCUGGAAACACUGGUGAAGGAAUACGAGAGUACGCGCACUACGGAGAAUCUGCUUCACCUAUCUAUAUUGCGGAACCUACAAUUUGAGAAUGAUUUGCUCAAGCUACGGCUUGUGGCCUUGGGUGGUGCCUCCGACUUUGCGAUGCCGGGUCUCGAAUUUCCGUCUACGGUUCCACAAGAGGUCACGAAGGUCUUUUCGAGCGAACUGUCCGUACCGCAGCCCUUGAUGUCGCCCAACUUAUCCCCUGGGGAGGUGACACAGGUUGGUCAAGACUCGAGUAUGCUGGAGGAUAUUGUGACCUUGGGAACCGAUCCUCAACCAGAACGACAGAUCUGCUCACACGAGCUUUGA